UUCUAUGUCUCCAUGAAUUCAUUAGUUUUUAUAUAAUUAUUAAAAAAAUAUUUAACAGAAAUACUUUGCAUAUUGUCAUGAAUAACAAUAUAAAUUUAUAUAUAAAUUCCUCUCUUCUCAUCUGUUAAUUCAGAUUUUGCAGAAAAAAUCUUAAGCUCUGUAUCCCAUCCCACUCUUAUGACUCUUCUUCUAACUCUCCAAUGAGGAGAGCCAUAGCCCAUAUAAUUCUCCUAUCUGUUCUUCUUGCUUCAUUCCAUGAAGCUUUAUGUGAAUCCACUCUUCUAAGAAGAAGAACCCACGGAGAUCACCGGAGGAAGACUACCCCGCCGGCGAAAGCCAGCAGCAUCAGCUGUGACUUUUUCCAUGGCAAUUGGAUCUAUGAUGAUUCAUAUCCUCUCUACGACUCGUCGAGCUGUCCCUUCAUCGAUCCGGAGUUCGACUGCCAGAAAUAUGGCCGCCCUGAUAAGCUCUACCUCAAGUAUAAGUGGCAGCCUACUGCCUGUGAGCUCCCAAGAUUUGAUGGGAAGGAUUUUCUGACAAGAUGGAGGGGGAAGAAGAUGAUGUUUGUUGGUGACUCCAUUAGUUAUAAUCAGUGGCAGUCUCUGCUCUGCAUGCUUCAUUCUGCUGUUCCAGAUUCUAAGAUCUCUAUUGAUAGGAAGGAUCCACUCUCUUCAGUCACGUUUGUGGACUUUGUGGUCUCAAUAAUGUUCUAUCGAUCACCAUAUCUUGUGGACAUCUCGACCGAGUCAAUCGGUCGAGUGCUCGAUCUGGGCUCGAUAUCAAGCAGCACCAUAUGGAUCAACUCUGACCUUCUAAUCUUCAACACUUGGCAUUGGUGGAUACACAAAGGAGCAGCAAGCCAAGGAUGGGACUAUAUUCAGGAUGGAGAUAAAGUCUUGAAGGACAUGGACCGCCUGGAAGCUUUUUCCAAAGGGCUAACCACUUGGGCCAAAUGGGUAGAAUCUAGUGUGAACACCACUGCUACAAAGGUCUUUUUCCAGGGGAUCUCUCCAGUUCAUUACCAAGGACAGGAUUGGGGAGAACCUGGAGUGAAAAAUUGUGGCAAACAAACACAGCCUGCAAGUGGAUCAACGAAUCCAAGCGGAUCUCUGCCACUGCCACAGCAAGGAGUAGUGGGUAAUGUGCUGAAUACCAUAACGAAGCCAGUUUAUCUGCUCGAUAUCACCUUUCUUUCCCAGCUAAGGAAAGAUGCUCACCCUUCUUCAUUCAGUGGAGGCCACCCUGGUUUGGAUUGCAGCCAUUGGUGUCUUGCUGGGCUUCCAGAUACAUGGAACCAGAUCUUAUAUGCAUCUCUCAUCUGAUGAAUCCAAAAUAAAAAUAUAAAAUAAAAUUGUAAAAGGAGAAAUAUUCUUGUCAGACAAAUGAAGAGUAGCUGAGGGGAAGAUUCAUGGAUCCUUUUUUAUUUUA